UUCAUCACAUACAUAUGACCUGUAUCGUCGUCUUCAAGACAUCGAUAUUCUGUAUCUCACAUUCUUCUGCGUGAACAUGGCCACAAUACUGAUGCUUCUAGAGUGAACACUCUCAUAUUUCUCAACUGAUUGACCGGACAUUUUUCACACUGCUUCGAUCAGAUAACCCAAUAAAAGUAUCUUUUCAAUUGGGUUUAUUUCUCUUCAAUUUUAGCAAUGAGGAGGACUACAUAUCAUAAUGUUGCACCACGAGGACAGGACUACUGGCCCAUCAGGAAGGUUCUGACAUUGUCUGAUGUGGAUAUCACUCACCCAUUCCUCACUCUGCCUCGGCAACCAGUUGAGAAUCAUAUUCUCGUGCAUUUGAGUCCUCAAGAUCAGGACCAUUUGAGAAAUAACCAGCAAUUAAAUAUUCAUGCCCAAGAUGACGAUACUGGUGAUAUGUAUAUGAUGAAGCUGAAGUUCCGUGGGAGUUAUUAUAAUCUAAUUGGAAAAUGGGGCAAAAUCGUUCGAGGGAAGGGACUUGGUGCUGGGAAUGAAAUUAUGAUACGCUGGGUUAAUGGUUGCUUACACUUCUCUGUUCCUCAACAGCAGAUUGUUGUAGUACCGCCACUGCAGAUUGUUCCAGCACCACAAGAGCAGCACCGAUGGCCCAUUAAAAAGGUCCUGACUUUAUCUGAUGUGGAUACUAAUCAUCCAUUCCUACUUUUGCCUCGGCAGCCGGUUGAAGAUCAUAUUCUCGCGCAUUGGACUCAGCAGGACCGAGAACGUCUCAGAAAUGAAGCACAAGUAAAUGUAAAUGCCCGAGAUGAUGAUACUGGUGAUAUGUAUGUGAUGAAGCUGAAGUGGCGUGGGAAUUAUUAUAACCUUAUUGGGAAAUGGGGAAAAAUCAUUCGACAAAAGGGACUUGGGAUUGGCAGAGAGAUCAAAAUACGCUGGGGUAAUGCAUGCCUACACUUCUCAGUCCCACAAGAGUGGAAUGUUGCAGCAGUACCAGAAGGACUGGAUGAUGAAUGGCCUAUUAAGAAGGCCCUCACGUUGUCUGAUGUUGAUACCAGUCAUCCAUUCCUUACUUUGCCUGGCAAAUCAGUGGAAGAACAUAUUCUCAUUCAUUGGACGCUGCAAGCACGAGAACUGCUGAGAAAUGAAAGGGAACAGAAUAUUAAUGCUCGAGAUGAUGACACUGGUGAAUUUUAUAUGAUGAAGUUGAGGUGGUGUGGGAGUUACUAUAAUCUUAUUGGCAAAUGGGGAAAAAUCAUUCGAGAGAAGAGACUUAUUGUUGGAAAAGAGAUCAGGGUUCGGUGGGAUAGUGGGUACUUGCUCUUCUCAGUUCCACAGUGACAAGGGCUCUACUUUUUAAGCACAUGGAAAGGGGAUUGAAGAACUAUGAUGGAGAUGGCCUAGCAGAACUUUACAGCAUCUCUUGAUAUUUCAAAUGAGCAGCAAACAAGACUUACCAGAACCGAUAGAUUCAACAAGAUGAAUGAGAUGCUUAUAUAUGUCCAUUAGACCACAUUCUGAGGCUGUGUUUUGGUGACCUAAGCAACAUCUGCAAGUUGCUUUUAUCAUAGUGUGUACGAGUGACCUUAGAUUGCAUUGCUUCCCUUCCUUCUUCAAGCAGUUAUUCUUUGGUGCUUGUGCUGCUUCGUAGCAACUUCCAGAGUUCAUGGUCAUGUUAGUCUGGGAGACAUUCAGAAACCCCAAUAUUCUUUUAAAUUCUGGUUGAAGAAACUUUCCUUCUUUUACAGUCACACUUGUACUGUUGAUCAGGAACAUUACUUUCCCUGUUAUAUCAUCAGUUGUUUCCAGAGAGAACAGGAACAAGCCACUUGAGAACAUCAAGUGGCUGUCCCAUCACGUUCUUGAGAAACAUCAUUAGUGCAGCUGUCUGCAGAAGCAUCUAAUUGUUUUCCCGGUGUCUGCUUAAGCAAUACCAGACAGAGGUUGGCCAUUCGCCAUUCCGCUCCUCUAUGAGCUUCUGGAAUUGCAGCUGUCGUUGCACCACAACCUGGCCCGGAUGUUCUUUUCACAGGCACCGUCUUACUCGGGUUCCCUCUCUGUGGACAAACUAAGGUUACUGACUUCCUUAAGUCUAUAGCGGUUGAUGGCAUCGGCGUCCAGUGUUACACUGCUGGUCAUGUCAUUGAUGCUCCGGUACUCAUGGUUAGCGUCACUAGUGUCUCAAGUCCUAUACACUGUGGACUAUUAUAAUAAAGAACAGAUGUCUUAGCGACUGAGAUUUCAAAUGGAGAUCAGGUCUCUGUGCUGCUGAAGUUUUUGUGUGUGUGUAUAACCGAGUCCAUCCAGAGUUUCCAACCUAUCAGGCGUGGCAUAUUAGGUACGUUAGUGAUGUCUUCCACCCUAAAACUUCUCAAGGGGAUCAUUCGGAGGUGCCCAUUAAAGCCUCGACUGGUAUUUAACCAUCAUGAACUCCAUAACAUCUUCAUUCGUGCAAGGUCCCAUGGAAGAAGAUGAAGUGCUGUUUAUCAGACAUAAUUCAAUCUGCUGACUCAGAAGAUUUACGACCAGUUUACAAGCUCGAUGCCACGGUAUCUGAUUGAUACGAGGUGUUUUGAUAAUAACAAUGGUUUUGCUUUUCAUGUUCAGGAACGGUACGGAAGUGGCAUAUUUAGAGAUCAGCGAUGAAUAUUGCAAUACAAUGGCCCCCAUGGAUUUCACUACUACUCUUGUUACCAAAAAUCCGUACAUUUCCUUGCCAAACUCAUACAGACUUUGCAGAAUCUUAGGUCUUGUUUUAUAAAACUAAAAAUUUAAGACUCCUGUAGUUUUAAAUGGUGUUUGUGAAGUGAGAUUUUUUUUUUUUUUUUUUUUACUUUCUCAUUUAGUUUAGACUUUAAUUCGACUUAGGAUAAGAUAAUUCAGUACUAGUUUAUCCUUGGCCAUCUGCGAUAAACUGUUUGAACCAAAAAGAAUAUAAUCUUGAGUUAACAUUCA